AUGGAUACUCGGGCGAAUGACGCAAUCUUCACGCGCGCUGCGCGGGCCGAUGAGGCGGUGAAUCUGUCUCCACGUCGCAUCAGCCGCAGCCGGGGUAGCGGGGCCAAGAUGGCGGAGGCAGAAGAGAGCAGGGCUGGGGGAGCCGCGAAACCGCUGUUUGCAGGUCUCUCAGAUGUGUCAAUAUCAGAAGAUAUUCCAGUGGAAGGGGAGAUCACAGUUCCUGUUGGAUCUCACUCUCCUGAUGACGACUACUCCACAUUGGAUGAACCAGUUAAGGAUACUAUUAUGCGAGAUCUAAAGGCAGUUGGAAAGAAAUUUGUGCAUGUCAUGUAUCCCAAAAAGAGCAGCGCGCUCCUCAGAGACUGGGAUCUUUGGGGUCCUUUGGUGCUGUGUGUGUCACUUGCACUGAUGCUUCAGGGAGGGUCAGCAGACAGUAAAGAAGAUGGAGGUCCCCAGUUUGCUGAGGUCUUUGUUAUCAUCUGGUUUGGAGCAGUUGUCAUUACACUAAACUCAAAACUGCUUGGAGGAACCAUAUCUUUUUUUCAGAGCCUUUGUGUCCUGGGUUACUGUGUCCUGCCUCUGACAGUGGCUAUGCUCGUGUGCAGGCUGGUACUACUAGCAAGCUCAGGGACUGUCAGCUUCAUUGUGCGACUUGUUGUAGUGAUGGCUAUGUUUGGCUGGUCAACCCUAGCAUCCACAGCCUUUCUGGCAGACAGCCAGCCUCCAAAUCGCAAAGCUCUUGUUGUUUACCCCAUCUUCCUCUUCUACUUUGUUAUCAGCUGGAUGAUUCUGACCUUCACACCUCAGUGAUCAGGGAUCAACAGAGACUGCACAACACAGAACUGGAAGUUUCCAUAAGUGCUGCUGUUAAUUUGUGGGCUUUAUCUCCAAUUUAUAGAUAUUGCAUACUGUAAAAAAAAAGCAGGCUAUGGGAUAAAGCCAGAGAGCUGAAGCAUUCAUCAUUUCUAAGAAUGAGAUAUACAAGGAGCCAGUUGCUCGAAAGAUACAGAAAUCCAGCUACUGAAUUUUAUUUAAUCCUGCUGUUUAGUAAAAAUAAAAAAUGCCCAGUCUGAGAAGAGACUCAUUCAUCUGAGGAAUGCAGACGAGGAAAGGAAGUUUGUGAGAAUGGAGAGGCUACAAUCCUAUCUUGGAA